AGGAAAUUAAAUUCUGUAAUUAAAGUCACACAGUCUGUGUUACAGCCUUCGUCCUGUUUGUCUUCUGCAACAAAUCUUGUGUUUGCUUCAGUACACGGCUUGAAUCUGACAUUCUGCUCUGAGGAUGGCGCUACUCGAUUAUCCUGUUCCCGACUUAGACAUCACCUUGAACGAAGCGAGCCGGGUGCUUCAGCUCAUUCUGAGUCCAGAGGAGUAUGUCCACUAUAAAAGUGCUCUUUCCCAGCAAACAGAGGCCCUCAAGGACAUACAGAAGCAGCUGAAAUCCACUCUCUCCGGCCAUGAGAAUUGGGUGACUGAUCAAUUCAAACAGCGUCUCCUGUCCUGUUUCGACUCCCUGCCGACCUCCACAGCAAUUCCCUCAGUGCUGCCUCCAUCCAAAACUCAGGGAGAGUGUGCACAGCUUGAGAGGGCUACCACUCUGCUGUGGGCUGUAGCCAAGCUGUACAGUGAGCCCUGGCUUGUCGAGGGUGAUGUACCUACAGAGCGCACGCAACAGUCAGAGGUGUUUGCUGCCAGUCGUUUACCAGGUAAACAUCAGGAUCACAUCAAGGUGUAUCCAGGAAGCCUCCAUGCCAUUGUGAUCUGCCAAGGAGGUGUAUUUCCAAUUCAGAUUAUGAAGAGUUGUAGUGAAGCAGGCAAGAUCUCACCUGUGCCUCUUCCUAACCUCUACACCCAGCUAGAACAUGUUAUGCAUCUUCCAACUGCAUCGGCUAUUCAUGAUCCUUCCACAGUCUGCGGUUUAUCUGCCCUUAAUCGUCGAGCAUGGUAUGCCGUUAGGGAGGAGAUCCUGAAAGCUGGUGGUGAAGCAGCAGAAUCACUUGGAGUGAUGGAGAGUGCCAUUCUAGCUCUGUCACUGGAAGACUGCUCUGCACCAGUGGAUCUUGCAGAUAUCCUCAACGUGGUCCGUUUAGGAGGAGGGAACAGCAGGUGUCUGAGGUACUAUGACAAGGUGGUAAACAUGGUGGUGUUCAAAGAUGGUGUAACUGGCAUGCUAUUUGAACACAGUGCCCUGGAUGGCAUGGUGGCUGGUCUCAUGGUUGGACGUGUAUGGAACGUUUCAGAGUCCCUAACUAUAGAACAUAUAGAUGGAUCAGAUCAUACCAUUUCCCACCCAAAAUCUCUUCAGUUCCCACUAGGAGGUAUUAAACUGCUGGCUCAACCUCUUUACCCACUUUCAGAAGCAAGUAACCCCAUCGUUACCUUUGAAGUUUCAGCUUACCCAGAUGUUUUCACCACUCUAAGGGGUCACAGAGGUUUAUAUGAUGCAUGGAUCAAUUUUGCACUGCAGCUCUCUCUAAGGCAAACUCUCGGAGAAUCAGCCGAUAGAUACAUCAUGGUGACCCCUACUCAUAUGCGACACUACAAACAUGGUCGCUGUGAUCCCACAUAUUCAGUCACAAUGCUGUCUCGUCAGUUAGUUACAGCCCUGGUGUCCUGCAUAGGGCCAGAUGAUGUCCCUCACCAUACCAAGGAGCUCUUUCAACAGUUCCACUUAGCAUUCAUGGAGCACAAAAAACAUAUCAAAGCCACUAAAAGUGGCAGUGGUGUAGGGCCUCAUUUAGCUGUAUUGCGCAAUGGUAUGAGCCAAGACAACCCACUUAAGAAAUUUCUAGAUCUUUUUGGAUGCCCCUCCAUCUACCUGACUGGAUCAGAUCUGAUGGAAGGUGUUGAAUGUGCUGUUGGCAAUGUCUAUGCAACUGACCAGCUAGCUGUUACCUACCUCGGCAAGAAGGACAAGGUCCGUCUUGUGCUGAAUGCAAAGGGAACAUUUGCCGGCAUCUUAGGAAAACUCAAACAGUGUCUCGAACUGAACAUAAAGUUGGUGAUGCUUCUGUCAAUAAAGUAUGCAAUUGCCGGACAGAUGGGAGCCAUUGAAUGCCUUCUGGGAACAGACAAAGAAUCAAAUGGCAUUGAAGCAAAUGAUUCCACAAAUGAAUGUAAUAAGGUGGAGGAAAAACAAUCCCUAGGUUCUACUCUCACAGGAAAGCCAGAUUUCACCCUGGUGAUUCAUGGUGGAGCAGGAGAGGAAAUGAUGUUGAGCAGUAAGGUGGUUGGGGUUAUCGAAUUUGCCCUUCACACAGCAGUUACACUGGGAGCGAGAGUACUAAGCCAUGGAGGCAGUAGUUUGGAUGCAGUGCAGCGAAGUGUCGCUGCUUUAGAAGACUGUUUCUUAUUUAAUGCAGGUAAGGGCUCUGUGUACAACCAAAAUGCCCAGCAUGAGAUGGAGGCUACUAUUGUGGAUGGACACAAAAAGAAGUCUGGAUCAGUGGCUUGCUUGUACAAUGUAAAGAACCCAGUGAAAGCAGCCCGUCAUGUCAUGGAAAAGAGCAACCAUGCAUUACUAACAGGUGAUGGCGCUCAGGAGUUUUUGAGUGGUCUCUCAGAAAAAGAAAAGCCAAUGAAAACAGACUACUUUCACACUGAUUUAAGAUAUAAGGAACUUGCAAUGAAACUAAGUGGAAAUACAAACAACCAUCCUCAAACUGUAGGUGCAGUUGCUCUGGAUUGUUGGGGCAAGCUAGCAGCAGCCACAUCCACAGGGGGGUUAGUAGGCAAGUGGAAAGGUAGAGUUGGAGACACAGCGAUUGUCGGGGCUGGAAUAUAUGCUGAUGAUAAACUAGCUGUGACAUGCUCUGGUGAUGGCGAUGCAUUCUUACGUCAUACAGUUGCUCAUAAAGUAGCUAGUCUCUACAACCUCAAAGGAUACAAUUUAAGGCAAGCCUGCCGAGAAGUGAUUUACGAGGUUCUGGAUGCAAAAUGUGCCGGAAUCAUUGCUGUUGAUCACCAAGGUGAAGCUGUAGUUGAAACAAAUGCUGGAGUAAUGUUUGUUGCAUCAAUGAACAGUGGUGUUGUUCGAGCUGAAGUCUUCAGACCGAUGCUGAAAUUUGCAAAUGUGAUUUGGGAAACUGAUGAACUAGUAGCUUAUUUGCAUUCUGAACCAUGGACCCCAGGAACAACCAUUCUCACUCGAAAGGCCUUAAAUGGACCAAACAGUAUUUUUCACUUAACUGUGCCUGACUAUGUGGCAAUGUUAUUAAGUGCACAAACAGUUGCUAACUUGCUUUGUGAGAAACUAGGAGUGUACCGCUGUGCCCUUGUGCUUAGACCCCAACCAGACAAGCCUGCUCUUAUCAAAAUCCUACCACUUUAUGGCCUAGACCCAAACUGGAAAGCUUAUCUUACCAGGGAAGAGGAAUUCCACAUUCAUGACCCUGGCUACUGCAGUUCAAAGUGUGGCCCACGUUGUGAGGAUGCAUUCCUUGACCAAGUACAGGCAAAGAUCAGGGCUCAGCUCCCAACACCCAAUGCUCCAUCUUACUAUGAUUACCAUGGAGAUCCAUCGGACAGUGGACUUUUUUCACGCAUUGUGAGAGGGGAGGAGAAACAUUGGCGUGUCUGGGAAGACAAUCAACAUGUAGCCUUUCUUACUCCAUUCCCUAAUACACCUGGCUUUACUGUUCUGGUGCCUAGGCGACCACUAUCAAGUGACAUCUUCCGUCUAGACAAGAAUGACUACACAGCCCUCAUCUUGGCCACACGGAAAGUAGCUCAACUUCUGGAAGAGGGAAUGGGUGCAAGAGGUGUGGCCCUCAUAUUUGAGGGUUUGGAAAUCAACUAUGCCCAUGCCAAGUUAAUUCCAAUUGUCACAAAGCCAGGUGAAAUGCCUCUCGCUGUGCUUGCUCAGUUCUGCCCAAUCUAUCCUGGAUAUGUCACAUCUGUUGAUGGUCCUCCAGCAAGUGCAGUUGCUCUUAAUGAGAUCCACACAAAAAUCACAAAGACAACUCCACCUCGCACUUGGGAAAAACCUCAAAGUCACUCCAUAUUAGCCAUCAAGAGCCAAUGGUACCGCAAUCUCUUUCAGAUCCAAAAUACUCUAUUCCACAGCACGGUCGAUUACUUCAGAAACAAAUGCAAGUACUCCUAUGCUCUGACACCAAUCACAACUGACACCAUUUCUUCACCAAUGGGCUUAGGAUCUGACUCAGAGCCUGUUUUUGUAAAUAUGCUAGGUCAAGAUGUGUACUUGGCUGACUCCAUGCAAUUUGUGCUUGAAUACUUCUUACGAUUUCAGGAGGGACUUCCAGGGGCAUACUAUGUCUCCCCCAGCUUUCGAGGAGAGGACCCUGAUGCUACUCAUCUGAAUCAGUUCUACCAUGUUGAAUGUGAGCUGCUUGGUGAUAUGGAUGCUGGCAUUAGCAUAGCAGAAGGCUAUGUGGUCCACUUGACUCAGGCGAUGUUAAAAAAUCACUCAAAGAUCAUCCUAAGUACAGCAGGAAUGCUGUCUCAUGCACAGGAUCUGAUGAAGAGGAUGGAGAAACCACUCCCAAGAGUGACUCUGGAGCAAGCCAUUCCAAUGAUGCCAUCCUCUGACUGUAUUGAAUGGGUACAAGAGGGGCAGCCUCAGUUUGGUAGAAAGCUUACUCGCAAAGGAGAAUCAGUCUUGAUUGAAAAGUAUGGUGGAGCUGUGUGGUUGACAGAAAUGGAUCACCUCAGUGUGCCCUUCUACCAAGCUUAUGUUGAAGGUUCUAGUGAAACCAAAGCAAAAGCCGCUGAUUUGCUCUUGGGGUUGGGGGAGACAGUAGGUCUUGGGGAACGACACUCCACCCCUGAGAUGGUACAAGAAGCCCUACGACACCAUGCUGUGCCAGAGGAAUCAUACAGAUGGUACAUCAACAUGAGGAAAGCCAUGCCUUUGUCUACAAGUGGCUGGGGAAUGGGUACAGAAAGAUACCUGUGUUGGCUGCUACAGCACAACGAUGUUAGAGACAUGCAGAUCAUCCCCAGAAUGAAAGCCAAAAAAUACAUGCCUUAAACAAAAGUAUAUUAUUGAAUAAACUGUAAAAACUGCAUUUUAAAAUCCAGUAUUGAGUAUUUGAAGUUAUAAAGAAAUCUACUCUUUGAACAAUUACACAAUUCCCAUUGGAUUUUAGUUAUUAUGAAAGGCAGUGACAUUACAUUUUAUUUACUUAAUUUACUUAACUUGAUCCAGUACCAUAACACAGUAAGAUUCCACAUACUAAAAGAAGUUGAUUUUUUUAAACAACCACAUAUAUAAAAUUGGAGAUUUAACUUUUGCAAUGUCUUGUAUGUUUUCAGUUAUAGUGCAGCGAUGCUCUCGAUAAAAUAACUGUUAGCUUUCUAUAAACAUAUGUAGCUCAGCUUGUACACCUAAUCAUUAAGUAAAUCUAGGGCAAGUCAACAUGGGUUAUGUAUGCAGCCUGCGACUUCAUUAGAUAAUUUCAUUCCUUGGCAACUUUAUUUUUUUUCUUAAUUAUGAAAAAUAUGAAUAAAACCCUUAUGCUAACCAUAAAAGUAUCUCUGUUUUCUGUGAGCUGUUUCAUCUGAAAUGUAAAGUUGAGUUGGGAUAAUUAAAUUGUUGGUGCCAAGUCAUCCAUCAUCACGACCCUGCAUAGGGUCAUGAGGAGCCUGGAACCUGUCCCAGGGGACUCGGGAGACAAGGCAGGGAACACCCUGGACGGGGUGCCAACCCAUUGCUGGGCACAGUCUCACACACACAGUUACACACAACAGACAAUUUGGAAAUGCUAGUCAGCCUACAGCGCAUGUCCUUGGACUGGGGGAGGAAACCGUUGUACCCUGAGGAACCCCGAAGCAUGGGGAGAACAUGAAAAUUCUGUGCACACAGGGUGUAGGAGGGUUCAGUUUCCAUAAGAUCCCAGUCCUGAUGCACGUCUCUACCACAAUUUACUAAUGGCAAGAAUAUAAAAAGCAAAAUCUCUAGUGACACCAUUUAAAACAUCAAAACACCAGCAUAUCACUCUUCAUAAAUUACUCAGGUUUAAACAUAAAUAUAACACACAUAUUAUAAUAAAAGGGUCAAGAGCGUUUAAUCACAUUCUCAUGACUGGAACACACACAGAUAAAAACAAAAUGGCUCCUCAACCUCGUGACAAUUUGACAGUUUAAAUUCAAUAUAUCUACAGUUCACAUCAGGCUGGAAAUGAAAGUUUUACAUGUUUUAAAUGUCAGAGU